UCACCGAAGCGUGCUGGUUGCAGCACCAGCUGACCACGAAACGUAAACUCGCACAGGCAAUUUAGCAGCUUGACCGAACGAUUAGGCCCUGCUCGUGAGCGUCCGGGCACCACACCUGCAAACAAUGGAGACCGUCGCCGCGGCGAGCUAUGCCGGCAGGGCCGGCGCCACGCGCUCCCCGGCCUGCUGCGCCGCCAUGUCCUUCUCGCACUCGUACAGGCCCAAGGCGUCCAGGCCGCCGACCACGUUCUACGGCGAGUCGGUGCGGGUGAACACGGCGCGGCCGCUCUCGUCGAGGCAGUCCAAGGCGGCGAGCCGCGCGGCGCUCAACACCCGCUGCGAGAUCGGGGACAGCCUGGAGGAGUUCCUGACCAAGGCGACGCCGGACAAGAACCUCAUCAGGCUGCUGAUCUGCAUGGGGGAGGCGAUGAGGACGAUCUCGUUCAAGGUCCGGACGGCGUCCUGCGGCGGCACCGCGUGCGUCAACUCCUUCGGCGACGAGCAGCUGGCCGUCGACAUGCUCGCCAACCAGCUCCUCUUUGAUGCUUUGGAAUACUCCCACGUCUGCAAAUAUGCGUGCUCUGAGGAAGUCCCUGAGCUGCAAGACAUGGGUGGCCCAGUUGAAGGUGGUUUCAGUGUCGCAUUCGAUCCCCUUGAUGGUUCCAGCAUCGUCGACACAAACUUCACCGUCGGAACCAUCUUUGGUGUCUGGCCCGGUGACAAGCUGACGGGAGUCACCGGUGCCGACCAGGUCGCGGCUGCGAUGGGCAUCUACGGCCCUCGCACGACUUACGUUAUCGCCCUCAAGGACUGCCCUGGGACACACGAGUUCCUUCUUCUUGACGAAGGCAAAUGGCAGCAUGUCAAGGACACCACAUCCAUUGGAGAAGGGAAAAUGUUCUCUCCUGGUAAUUUGAGGGCAACAUUUGAUAACCCUGAUUACGACAAGCUCAUCAACUACUACGUCAAGGAGAAGUACACGUUGCGUUACACUGGAGGAAUGGUUCCUGAUGUCAACCAGAUCAUAGUUAAAGAGAAGGGCAUCUUCACCAACGUGACGUCCCCCUCGGCGAAGGCAAAGCUGCGACUCCUGUUCGAGGUGGCGCCGCUGGGCUUCCUGAUAGAGAAGGCCGGUGGGCACAGCAGCGACGGCAAGCAGUCAGUGCUGGAUAAGGCGAUCAACGAACUCGACGAGCGGACCCAGGUGGCCUACGGGUCCAAGAACGAGAUCAUCCGGUUCGAGGAGACCCUCUACGGCUCGUCGCGGCUCACCGCCAGUGCCACCGUUGGCGCCGCCGCCGCCUAAGUUUUUUUGGCCGCGAUGCAAGCCGUGCCACUCUGAAACUGCUGGCAUCACCUAGAAUCCAUUUUGUGUUGCGUAUACAGUACACAGACGCGGUCUUUUAGAACUCUCGCGCUCCUGCAAAGUAAUUUUUUUAGAGAACUUUUAACCCUUAAAAGAACGUGAGCUGUCCAUUUUCUUUAAUUUAAUGGUUCAGAUGUAUUUUAUACUUAGUGAAAACUCCUACCAAUAAUAUACUUAGUAUUUAUAACUA